AUGGAGGAGCAGCCGCCGCCGCCGCCGGUCCGCCCGCCAGUGAGCACGGCCUUAUCGGGCAGCCCACACUCCGGCGCCCCCUCCCCGGCCGGCACGCCUGUCGGGACCUCCUCCGCGGCGACUGCGGCGGCCGUGCUUUCCUUCAGCACCGCGGCCGCCGCGGCGCUGGGGAACCGGAGCGACGUGAGCGGGGCCGACAGCACUGGCGCCGCGGCUGGCGGCGGCCUCGGCGGGCGCGGGGCGGCGGGGGCGGCGGGGGCGGCGGGGAGGCCGCGGCUGGGCCCCGAGGCGGCGCCGCUGCUGUCGCACGGGGCGACGGUGGCGGCCCAGGCGCUGGUCCUCCUGCUCAUCUUCCUGCUGUCUAGCCUGGGCAACUGCGCCGUGAUGGGGGCCAUCGUGAAGCACCGGCAGCUCCGCACUGUCACCAACGCCUUCAUCCUGUCCCUGUCCCUGUCAGAUCUGCUCACGGCGCUGCUCUGCCUGCCUGCCGCCUUCCUGGACCUCUUCACGCCGCCGGGGGGCUCGGCGCCUACCGCCGCCGCCGCCUCGGGGCCCUGGAGCGGCUUCUGCGCGGCUAGCCGCUUCUUCAGCUCGUGCUUCGGCAUCGUGUCCACGCUCAGCAUGGCCCUCAUCUCUCUGGACCGCUACUGCGCCAUCGUGCGGCCGCCGCGGGAGAAGAUCGGGCGCCGCCGCGCGCUACAGCUGCUGGCGGGCGCCUGGCUGGCGGCCCUGGGCUUCUCCAUGCCCUGGGAGCUGCUCCUCGCGCCCGGGGAGGCCCCGGCGGCGGCGCAGAGCUUCCACCGCUGCCUGUACCGGACGUCUCCGGACCCCGCGCAGCUGGGCGCGGCCUACAGCGUGGGGUUGGUGGUGGCCUGUUACCUGCUGCCCUUCCUACUCAUGUGCUUCUGCCAUUACCACAUCUGCAAGACCGUGCGCCUGUCGGACGUGCGCGUGCGGCCUCUGACCACCUACGCGCGCGUGCUGCGCUUCUUCAGCGACGUGCGCACGGCCACCACCGUGCUCAUCAUGAUCGUCUCCGUCAUCUGCUGCUGGGGGCCCUACUGCUUCUUGGUGCUGCUGGCCGCCGCCCGGCGGGCCCAGGCCGCACAGUCUCCCUCUCUCCUCAACGUGGUGGCCGUCUGGCUGACCUGGGCCAACGGGGCCAUCAACCCUGUCAUCUAUGCCGUUCGCAACCCCAACAUUUCCAUGCUUCUAGGGCGCAACCGGGAAGAGGGUUACAGGACUAGGAACGUGGACGCUCUCCUGCCCAACCAGGGCCUGACUCUGCAGGCUGGAAGCCUCAAUCCCCUACGAAACCGCUAUACCAACCGCCUGGGGGCCUGCAGCACGAUAUCCUCUUCCAACCCAACCAGCGGGAUGGCAGGGGAUAUGGCCAUGUGGGCUCGCAAAAAUCCAGUUGUGCUUUUCUGUCGGGAGGGACCACAAGAUCCUGUGACAGCAGCGGCUAAACAAUCUGGAGCCGGGGAUACCAGCCUCUAA